AUGAGAUCUUGGGUUGGUACUCCGGUGGAGCUCUCAUGGUCGGGUGAAAGAAUACGAACAAGAAAAACAAAAACAGAAAAGAAAAGAUAUGCGGCCUACGCUUCUACCAACCCUGUGUAUCAAAUUCAAGACAUGAGUGUGGCCCUUACUGUAAUUGCUAUAGAGGUCGGUUGUCUUUCAAAGACUUUGAUCGACCACAGGUUUACCAUGUCCGAGUUUGGUGGCACGGAGGAGGUGAUGAAGUGUCUCCGAGAGUCAAAGGAGCAGAAGAAGGCAAUCCGGGAUGAAGCCCAAAGGAAGGAGGCCCUCAUGGAGAAAAACCAUCGGGAGGUGUUGACGGCCAGGGAUGAGAUUAUUGUCGCAGCCAGGAGGGAUCUUGGAGAGUCCAAGGAAGAAGUUCAAGAACUCAUUCCUAAGUUACGAUCUUUGGAGGAGCUGCACCAAAACGACUUAAAAAUGACAUCUAGUUUAACUGUCGAAGUGAAAGAGCUCCGUGAGUUCAAGGAACAGGCCGGCAAGGAGGCGGUCAGGGCCAAAAGGGAUGCUCUCCUGUCCCCCAUCACCUGUCAACACUGCUCGAAGCGUUUUGAUGAUGGAGUCUUCAUGUGCUGGAAGGCCAACAAUUUUGAACCUCGUCUUCCUUUCUACCCUAAGCCUCAUGAAGUUUUGGCCUAUUUUUGA